UGAAAAUCCCUAACCUAUCAAACUAUUUUAUUAUUCAAAAUAUUGUAAUAAUAAUUUUGGAUAAUUUAAAACAGUAAUUGUAAUUUAACUUGGCUGCGGCCAUAUUCUUUAUUGUGCUCACGUGUUAGGAUAGUAAUAUUUUAUGAAAUCGAAAAUGGAUGAACCUCCCAAAAGGGGCCGUGGACGAGGUCGGGGCGGUCGUGGUCGUGGCAGAGGACGAGGAAGGGGCCGAGGUCGAGGCAAGAAAGCCAUUAAAGUAAUCGAAAGUGAUGAAGAAGUCGAAGCCCCACCAGUAGAAGUACCCGAAGAUAUACAAGCCCAAGAAGAUGCUCCUGAAAAUAUUCCUCCACCUAUUGAUCUUGAGGCUGACAUCUCACAGUUGGAAGCUCCGACAUUUACAACCAUCAACAGAGGUCCACCAGAACCUAUGCUGCGCCUGGACUGGUCACAUAAAGUGAAUUUGAUUGGAGAAAAAGUGCUCAAUCCACUAAUUCAUUGCUGUGAUAAAUGUUUGAAACCUAUACUUAUUUAUGGGCGAAUGAUUCCUUGCAAACAUAUCUUCUGUCUAGCGUGUGGUAAACAAGAACAGAAACAGUGUCCCCGAUGUUUAGAAAAAGUUACAAGAGUGGAACAAACUGGACUAGGAACUGUAUUUAUGUGUACUCAUGGGGGUACACGUUACGGUCAAAGUGGUUGUCGUAGAACUUAUCUGUCACAACGCGAUCUACAAGCACACAUUAACCACCGACACGUGUCUAAUUUAUCGUUAAAUCCUCCACCAAUGGAAGUAGUUGAACCCGAAAGAACUUUACCCGUGCGUACUAAAACUGCCAACGAUCCAAGAUCAGGAGGUGGUGUUCCAGCUAAUCUAAGACCUAGAACUGUUCCUAUGCAAUCGGCCGGUGUACGGACUAAUCUCAUAACUGUGCCCAUUCAAGAAUCAGCUCCUACAAUCCACGAAAGUGUGCCUACAACUCAGACGUACUAUAACCAGUAUCAACAACCGGCAAAUUACACUCAACCUUUGCCUCCGAUGCACCUUCCUCCCCCUCAACAACAGCAACAGCAAGCCCAGUAUUAUGCUGCACCUCCUGCUUAUAGCCCAGCUCAAACGUAUCCCGCGUAUACUGGAACAACUACCGCCGUUGGCCAGUACGCUCCGCCUGCGCAGGUGCAGACUCGACAGCCGUACGAUUACAACACUGCCCCUCCACAAUGGACUAAUAAUCAACAAUAUUAUAGAUAGUUUUAAAUAUGUUAAUUAGUGAUGCGAGUUUAAACAUAGAGAACUGUAUGCUUCAAUGGAAAUUAUACUGAAUUUAUUUUUAAUUUAUGAUAUAAAUAUAUUGUUAAAUUUUAAUUAAAAAUUAAAGUACAGCAUUUUUAA